CUUCCGAAAAAGCCCUGCAAAUUUUGUUUCUAAAGGGAUCUUCUUCUAUACGAGAAAUAAUUAAGCACUCUAGAUACAUAUUACCUGCUCAUAAGAUCCCUGAGAUCUUAACUUCCCUUAUUAGACAUAAUGUAGUAACCAUAUUGAGGGAAAAUGAUAUAAAAUAUUCUAUGAACUUCAAUUCACUUUUGUCCUUCCCCAGGUAUCCUCUAUACGCCAAACUAGUGUUUCAUUUUUAUGGGAAAGCAGCUGAAGAUAUUAUACUAAUCCUUUUUCUUGCUGGCAAAGCCUAUUCAUCAGAGCUACUUCAGCGCUGUUUAGUUUUGACGACAGACCGCCCUAGAGAGUCAACUUCCUAUAUUGAAAGUCUUGUGUCUAGUCUAGAAACUUUAGUGAAAACUUGCGUUCUUAAAGCUGAGAUUCCCAAGACUUUUAAAACAUCUCAAGACGAGGUGAAUGAGGCUGUCACCAGUAUUUCCAUCUCUAAAUCUGAGUUAAUAAAUAACUUACGAGCAUUCGCUGCCAGAAAGAAACUUAUGGAGAAUGAAGGACUCACUACAGCAUCUGCGGAAUUUAAAGACAUAACGACAGGUGAUUCAUGGGAUCUCAUGAUCACACCUAACAUCGAUACCAUAGAGGCAAUAUGGAGAGAUAAACUAAUAUGUCAAAUGGCUGCAGAAAAAAUUGAUAAAACCGCUGGGGAUAUUUUGUCACGUCUUUUGUGCAUUGCGACGGCAGCGGGUAGAAAUACGCAAAUAACAUCUCAUGAGUCAGGUGUUAUAUCAAGAACUGAACUUAUGAAAAGCUUUCGUGUUGUUCCUGAAUUCUUCGAGUCGUAUAUGAGUAUUCUCUUAGGUGACCCUAUAUGA